AUGUUCAGGAGCGGCUCUGGCUUCUCUGGACUCUGUGCUUUGCCAAUAGAGGAACCCCACGGAGCACUAAUCAGCUCUUGCAAUUAUAGAACCAUGACUGACGGGUUGGUGACCUUCAGUGAUGUGGCCAUCAACUUCUCUCAGGAGGAGUGGAAGUGCCUGAGCCCUGCCCAGAGGGACUUAUACACGGAAGUGAUGUUGGAGAACUACAGUAACCUGAUUUCAGUGGAUUUGGAGUCAACAUAUGAGACCAAAAAUAGCUUUUUAGAAAAGAACAUUUCCGAAAUAAGUUUUUCCCAAUGGGCAGAAAAGGAAAGAAGUAAAACCCUUGAUCUUGAGGAAUCCAUUUUCAAAAAUAAUUGGAAGUGCAAAAGCAAAUUUGACGGACUACAGGAACAUCAAGAGGAAUACUUUAGUCAAAUGGUAAUCAGUUAUGAAAAAAUGCCCACUUACCAAAAAAGUAAAUCUCUUAUUGCACAUCAAAGACUUAAUCCAGAGAAACCUGACAUUUAUAAGGAAUGUGGGAAGACUUGUAGUCAUGGUUCAAAACUUGUUCAACAGGAGAGAACUCAUACAGCUGAAAAACACUUUGAAUGUAAAGAAUGUAGUAAAGACUUUUUUAGUGCCUAUCAACUCACUGUGCACCAGAGAUUUCAUACUGGUGAGAAACCCUACAAAUGUAAGGAAUGUGGGAAGACUUUUAGUUGGGGAUCAAGUCUUGUUAAACAUGAGAGAAUCCAUAGUGGGGAGAAGCCCUAUGAAUGUAAAGAAUGUGGAAAGACCUUUAGUCGUGGCUAUCACCUUACUCAACAUCAGAAAAUCCAUAUUGGUGUGAAAUCUUAUGAAUGUAAGGAAUGUGGAAAGGCCUUUUUUUGGGGCUCAAGCCUUGCUAAACAUGAAAUCAUUCAUUCAGGUGAGAAACCUUAUAAAUGUAAAGAAUGUGGGAAAGCAUUCAGUCGUGGCUACCAACUUACUCAGCAUCAGAAAAUUCAUACUGGAAAGAAACCUUAUGAAUGUAAAGUAUGUGGAAUGGCUUUUUGUUGGGGUUAUCAGCUUACUCGACAUCACAUGUUUCAUACUGGAGAGAAACCCUACGAGUGUAAGGAAUGUGGGAAGAACUUUAAUUGUGGUUCAAGUCUUGUUCAACAUGAGAGAAUUCAUACAGGUGAGAAGCCCUAUGAAUGCAAAGAUUGUGGAAAGGCUUUUAGUCGUGCUGAUCACCUUACUAAACAUCAGAAAAUUCAUACUCGUGAGAAACCUUUUAAAUGUAACAAAUGUUGGAAAGCCUUUAGUUGGGGUUCAAGUCUUGUUAAACAUGAGAAAAUCCAUAUUGGUGAGAAAUCCUAUGAAUAUAAAGACUGUGGACAGGCCUUUGGUAGUAGGUAUCAACUUAGUAUUCAUCAGACAUUUCAUACCAGUGAGAAAUCUUAUGAUGUAAGGAAUUUAGGAAGAUUUACUCAUGGCUUAGGUCUUGUUCAACAUGAUAGAACUCAUAGUAAUGAUAAAUUCCAUGAAUAUAAAGAAUGGGAAAGUCUUUAUAUGGUCAACUUACUCAAUUGA